GAGAGACGGCUGGUGGCUGAUGGUGAUCUGCACAGUUCAGGGAGAAGUGAGGCAUUUGGCAGAGGGCCCGGUGCAAGGCUUCUGCCAUGGCGGCGUUUGUCAAUUCCUCGGCAACCCGGCUUUGAGCCCAGUGUGCCAUAAAUCUCCAAGUGCGGCAUCCUCGGGUGAAAUUGACCCGCCCUUCUGCGACUUGGACGCGACACGCCGAUGUGGAGCCCGAGGUCUUCCCUAUGCCUCAGCACCAGUGGACGACCUUCGUUGGCGACCGCCUCAAGCAUUGACUCCCUGGAGUAUGGUACGAAGUGCCCGCACCUUCGGGAGCAACUGCAUGCAGGUGUGGGGCUUAGGUAGUGAGGAUUGUCUCUAUUUGAACGUUUGGAGCCCGCAGAAAUGCCAUGGCAGCUCCAAUGCAUCGUGUACCGUGAUGCUGUGGAUCCACGGUGGCUCCUACGUCACCGGCGGCACCAAGGGCAUGUUCAACGGCACACGUUUGGCCGAGCAGUUUGGCGUGAUCGUCGUGACAGUGAACUAUCGCUUGGGCAUCCUGGGCGUCUCGGAAGUCCAACUGGUCGCUGUCACUCUCACCCGGAAACGGAAGAUGCGAUGCUUCGCUGGCGCCGAAGCUCUCCGUUCUCGGGAUCCCAUGGGCUCUACCGGGAACUACGGGAUCCAGGACCAGCGCGCGGCCAUGCAGUGGGUGCAUAGAAACAUUGGCGCCUUCGGCGGAAAUGCCUCAGAUUUGCUCCUCUUUGGGGAGCACCUUGGCAUCUCUGGUACCGUCUUCAUUGACCUUCCUGUACGUGAUCUGGACCGUAUGGGAGGAAAACUGGAGCAGUUCGCAGACAUCAUUCAGAAUUUCGCGGUAUCAGGCACCUUCCAGAUUGACACUGAGUUCUUGGACACAACGUUGUACCCUCUGUGUGCCCAGGCCAAGUACCGCGAUUUGCCUGAACCAUUCUGUCUGAAAAUAGAGCCCAAGGUGCCCUAUAGCCUCCAGAUUGUCAUUGUGCCGGCACAUCUUCCACCUGACCAAGACCAACAUUAUGUCGACAUCCUGAAACAUGUCUAUCUGCACAAAAACAAGGUGUCCUCUGCUGAGUGUGUCUCCUACUGUCAUGGAUGUGCAGUCCGCUUUGACUGGGGCAAUCAAAGUCGACUAGCAUUGGCUGCGCUGAACUACAUGCUGGAUCGCAUCGGUGGCAAGCAGCUUCGUAUCUGGACGUUGGCUCCAAAGUAUGAGAAGAAGCAAACCUUAGAUCAAAAUGCUCGAGAAAGUGGGUAUCGUUUCAUCCGAGACCAUGGCCCUCGUAGCAACAAUAGAAAUCAAUUCAUGGAAUGGACAGACGAGCAAGUGCACGCUCCGGGAGGUCCGUUGGAAGGAUGGCCAGAAGGCAAGGUCAAAGAAGCCCUGCACAAUUAUUAUCGUGGUCGUCAAAAUGCCAAAACCAUCGAAUACUGGCCAUUCACUUUGAAGAGUUUCGAACCUUGGUUUCUGGACGAUGUCGUCGUCAAGAUGUUACCGACCAUGCGCCAGCAUUCCAUCACAUGGAUCGGACGCACUAGGGUCGGCAAGUCUUUGGGGUCAAAGACAAUUCUAUUCACCCAGUCCAAAUUCGAAAUCACCCAGGCUGAACGUCAGGACCUUGUGCCGUCCAUUGUCACCGCGAAGCACCUGGACUUCUUCAAGGCGGAACCGCUUACCAAGUUUAAACCGGGCGUCUUCGAUGAUGGAAUGCUGCAGCGUAUGGAUGCAUCCUUCCUCAAGGCAUUCUUGAAUCCGUCUGAAGAAGACGCAACCGUGUGGGCUCGCUACUCUUCUGCACAAUUCGAUCAAGGGUCUGGACGCCAUGCGUGCAACAACCCUUACAAUCAUGUUCUUGAAUGUGAACUCUUCGCGAAGAUGCAGAGCACCAGUACAUGGCACAUUGGGCACAAGGACUUCCUGGACAUUAUCGCUCCUUCCUUCAGUGGUGUAGAGGAUUCUGAAGACAUGGCAGCCAUCCUGGCACGAACACACAUCAUUGUUUUGUCUGAGAAUGGUGUGUAUUAUCGUGUUGCAAACACUGAGACACUCAAUGUGGAUUGCAUCCCAUGGCCCAAACCCAAUGUCAGAGACAUUCUGGCAGAACAUCAGAGACCAAUCUUCAAGACCUACAAGGCGAAUCCUCACAAGCAUAAGUUGCCAGACACUUAUCAUGCCGAUAUGAUUUGGUCCCAAGAAUUGCUGCGGAAGCUGCUGGAAGGUGAACCGGUAUCGCGCACUAUCACGAUCCGUGGGCGUUCUGCUUUUGGUGGAGAUCUGCAAGAACAUCAUCGAGCGCCUGCGUUGCUUUCUGACCAGGAGAUGCGUGUCAAGGUGAAGGAAGAAAAGAUGCAACGUGUGUUCCAAAACCUCAAGCGCUCCAACGGCAUCACCAUCGAUCUGGACUCUCCUUCGCCUGCGAAACGGUCUCGGCCAGCAUCUUCUUUUGGUCCAUUCGUACCCAACCCUGACAGCCUGCCAGGUCUCCCUGCCAAUGAAGUGGACGAGCCAGUGCAAACUAUCGAAGAGGCACUUGAAGCUGUCAUGGACGACGACGACGCUCAAAAUGAUGAAGACCUCGCGAACAUGACCGGCCGCAACCUACUUCGUUUUCUUCGCAAGGAUGGUGUCCUACCCCGAUGGGAAGGUCGAGCUUGUCCUCGCUGUGCGCAUGGAACUCUGAGCACCAUGUACUACUGCAAGGGCAAUGGUCAAUCACUGACACCACUUGGACUACAAGCCGCCAUUCUUCAUUGUGCCUUGGUCAACGUACCUGUUACCUCUGUACCUGCUUUACUCAAUGUCGAGCGGAAGACAGCAGAGCGCAUCUACACCAAUUUGGAAGUGGCGCGGGCUCGGCACAUGAAGAGCCUCGAAGCGAAGACGAUUUUUGGGAAGGGCCACAAAUGGGCAGACAUCGAAGCAGACGAGGUUGACUUAGGCAAGGAAGGUGACCAGCCCAGCGGCAAAGCGAAAUGGGAACAAUGGGGCGGUAUGGUAGAGCGAGGGCAACCUCAGACCUUGGUUCUGUAUCGUCUUUCUCCAAAGCUCACUGCCAAGCGAGCUCCUGGGCCUGGCCCUAUCCGCUUGAAGGAUUGGAAGAAGGUGGCCGACAAAUUCCUCCGCCGUCGCGAAGUCAUUCUCCAUACGGAUGGUGCCCGUGCCUACAAGUUGAAGAUUCCCGGCGUCAUCCAUGACCACGUGGUGCACAAGAAGAAGCGUGUCAAGAUCAACGGCAAGUUCACUUGGGUGAAACCACAUUAUACCAAGGUCUACACCCACAAACUUCCAUGUGGGAAAACGGUGAAGGUAAAGAGUGGCACGCAAAUCAUCGAUCGAUUUUGGGGCAUUCUGCGACAGGGUUUGAAAUUUGUUAGUCGCAAGUCUGCUUGGAUCACACCGGCCGAAUCCAUCCACUUAAUAAUCCCUUCCGAGUUCGAUGGUGCCACUGAGCGGAGCAGAUCACCACGUGAACGAUCGGGCUUGAACACACCUACUUCCCAAAUGUCAGAAUGGUGGUUCGAUGAGUAUCCAGACCCGUGGGUAGAGUCACCAGCACACACUCCAGAAGAAGGCCGGAGCGAAAUCAUGGAUAUGGUGCCAAACACUCCUCGAGAAGAUGCGGCCACACCAGUCCCGAUGACACCUCCGGAGUUGUUGGCAGGGUUGGGUGGAACGCUCCCGGGCACUCCUCCGGAUACACCACCGAUGAAGUGCGAUGGAAAACACAUGGAAAUUGCGGGUCGAGGGGGGGCCCUGUACCGUCGCGUGAUCAUGGAGUCGGGUGCCUUCAGCUAUUGGAACGCACAGCCCAUGGCAGAUGCUGAGAGCCAGUUCCAGGAGUGUGAUGGAUCCGUGGAGUGUUUGUUGAAGAAAGCUGCAGAUGAACUCAUCGGUAUCUCCACGGUGGAAUUGAACCCCGAGCCGCUACCUGAAGCCUGGAAGGCCUAUGGCACCUUCUUCAGUCCCACCGUGGAUGGGGUGCAGCUGCUUGCACUGCCGUGGCAAUUGCUGCAGCAAGGGAAAUUUAACCCAGUGGAGGUGAUGACCAAGUCGGACUUCAAAUCCUUGAUGACCACGGAUCUCUUCAACGUCAGCGGGGGAAGCCAACUGGAGCAGAUCCUCAAGGUCUACGCGCCGGAGCUCAAGGACGUGGCGACGUGGUCGGUGGGAUGUCGCGUUGUUCAGAGAAUGGCCAUCAUGAGUGGUGCCUUGGCUGUGUCCUUUGUGGCAUUGAUGGAUUUCUUGUAUUGGUAUUGGAUUGCGGCUGAUGUCUAUGGAGAUUACGCCAUCGCGUGUCCUACCCUUCGUGCUGCAGAUCGACUCUCUGAAGCCACGGAGACCUAUUUGUAUUGCUUCGCGCACACACCUGAAAGCCCUGCACCCAAAUGGGCUGGCAUAUUUGGCGAGGCGGAGAUUUCCGAUCCACAGAAUGCAUCCGUGGGAGCUUCUGAGGGAGGUUGGAAACUGGAGAAGGGCACCUCUCUGACCAUCCCCUGGACCUUGGCCCCGCAUGCGCUGGACUUUCGCACCUCGCAGCUCCACCUGUCGCAGCUGUCGCAGCUGCGGCGACGCUGUGAGCUGCUGGACUCCCUGGGGCCCAUGGUGGAAGGCGCCACAGGGGCGAGGGGUGACUGGAUUGAACCACGAAAAGGGGGUUUCAGCCA